UGAGUCCAACUUCGAUAUAUUGGAUUUAACCUGUCAAUAAGAUAAGUAGUGUUUUAAUGGAAAAUCGUUAAUCAUUUCAAAUAGUUAUUAUUAUACUUGGUAAUUGGAUCAAUUGACUUAGAACAGAUCGAGUCUGAAUUAAUUUUUUUUUAUUAUGUAAACGAUCACUAAAGUUCUCCUAGAAAGAUUGCACUUCAACAACUGUAAUCGUCGGUUACAGAAUAGAAAACUAUGACCUGAUAGCAAUAAAUUCAAUUGAAUUGGCAGAAAGCCGGAAAUCAGAUGAACUCCUGAGAUGGAAGUUGUGUGUAUGUAAAUAUAUUCUAACACCAAACUAUGGUUCUCAACUCCAGCUUCAAUUUCGAUUUCCCAGUUAUCAGAAAAUGGGCAGAACACACAGCCAUCGCUCUCAUUCGCCGCCGGUCUCAUUGGCCUUCUUGCUUUCCGGUGGCCGCGUCGGUCUUGCAGCUUGCUUCCAACAAUGGUUAUGCAAUUUUCUUUUAUGUUCUAGUUUUCUCUAAUUCAAUUGGGAAUUUGUAAUUUGCCAGAAAUUCAAUCCUGUCAGUUUUCCUCCCAUUUUCUCGGAUUAACUCCAACAUUUGAUUUUUUAUUUUAUUUUUUCUGUAAUUUUCCGAAAUUGAUCACGGGAAUUGGGUUGUGAUUUUCGCAGACCCGAUGCUCGUUAUUUCUGGUUUAAUUCAUGAUGUACUUCUGAAGCUUUCUCUGGCCUUGCGAUUUUCUAUUUUCAUUUUUGUUUUCCCUUGAAAGAAAGCUUCCAACCGAGUCGUUGUCAAAUAAUUGUAUUUAGCACACUGACAUAGAAUAUUGGGAUUCCGCGUUAAGAUUUUGAAUGAUUCAGAACAGCAAAUGUUGACUCUCAUCAAGACUGUUUGAUCAAGCUGUUUCCUCACUAAGAUUCUGUGCCUAGGCUAGUAGGUGAAACUUGACUAAUUAUGCAUCUUCUCAUGUUUCCAGGAAAAACUGGUGAAAAUCCGGCUCAUGUAGACUGGGAAACUAGACUAAAGAUUGCAAUUGGUGCUGCAAGGGGUAUUGCUGCCAAACACUCACAAAAUGGUGGGAAGUUUGUCCAUGGAAAUAUAAAAGCAACAAAUAUUUUUCUCAACUCUGAAAAGUAUAGCUGUGUGUCAGAUCUUGGCUUGACAAACAUGAUAGAAACAACAUUCAUGCCAACUGCACGGUGCUGUGCUCCAGAAGUGAAGAACACUCGAGAUGUGUCCCAAGCAUCGGAUGUCUAUAGCUUUGAGAUUCUGCUGCUUGAACUUCUCACUCGGAAGUCCACUUCACACGUCCCAGGUGGUCCAGAGGCUGUUGACGUAGUCAAGUUGGUCAAUUCAGUAAAAAUAGGUGAGGCCUGCUAAGGUAUUUGAUGUAGAUCCAAUGGAGAAUUCUGCCGUAAGAGAAGAGAUGGUUAAAUUGUUGCAAAUAGGAGUAAGGUGUGUGGCAAAAUCAAUAAACAAGAGACCUAAAAUUUCUGAAGUGGUGAAAAUGUUGGAGGAUCUUAAUAUGACAAUCACAGGAAAUAGUGUUUCCUCAGAAAGGAAACUAAUAUUUUUUGAGGAUAGUACUGCCACAUUUGACCUUGAGGAUUUGUUAAGGGCUUCAGCUGAGGUUCUUGGGAAAGAUACAUUUGGUACUUCUUACAGGGCAAGAUUAGGCAAUGGAAACACUAUCAUGGUAAAGAGAUUGAAGGAUGUCAAUGCUACACAUGGAAUUCCAGCAGCAUAUUGAGGUUAUUGGAAGAAUGAGGCAUGAAAAUGUUGCUGAAUUAAGGGCAUACUACUUUUCGGAAGAAGUACUCUUGGUGUAUGAUUAUCAGAAUCAUGGAAAUUUAUCUGCCUGGCUACAUGACUGGACGACCGUACUGAGAAUUGCAGUAGGUGCAGCAAGGGGUAUUGCUCACAUCCACCGUCAAGAUAAGCUUGUGCAUGGAAAUAUAAAUUCCUCCAAUGUAUUCCUAAAUGGACAAAAAUACAGCCUUGUCUCGGAUGUUGGAUUAGCACAAUUGACGAAACGACGGUCCACAUUGCGAACUCAAGUCUACUGCGCCCCUGAAGUCAAAGACACCACAAAAGUAUCCCAAGCUUCUGAUGUCUGCAGCUUUGGAGUUAUUCAACUUGAACUUGUCUCUGGCAAGCUAGAUAAGUGGACUGAGGUUGAUGGCAAGGUCACUUGGCUAGUGAAUUGGGUUCAAUCUUUUAGUCAUGACGAUUGGAUUGCUGUGGUAAUUGAUAUAGAGAUUUUGAGGUAUCCAGAUGAGGAGGAGGCUAUCCUACAUAUGUUGCAAACAGCAAUGGAUUGUGUUGCCACUGUCCCUGAAAGCAGACGAAGAAUGCCUGAAGUAGUGAAGAUUUUGGCGGAAAUUAGCGGCAUUGAACCAUCCAAUGAUCUGUGUGAAGAUGCAUGGGUGGUCCAACUAUCCACUGAAUCAAGAUUGGAAGAUCUCCUUGAUGAUCUACUGCCCACACUCUAAAUUUCUGUAUAAGUUUUCUAGUGAUCUCUUGCAUUUGGCCAUUACUUCAAGAGUAAAAUUUGUGAAUAACCUUCUAUUCUUCAAUAGAUAACUUAUGUUUUAAUGGGAAAUGGCUAAUUAUUUCAAAUGGAUUAAAUCCAUUCCACCGGACUGUGAUAUGAAAAAACCUCCUGAAAGAAAAAAAAUUAAGUGU